AUGUCAACACCACUAAAGAAUUUCGUCAAGUUCAACACAACGUAUCAUGAAGUAUGUUCAGAUAAAUUUGAUUUAGACAAUUUAUAUAAAUGGCUUACACCGUAUGGUUAUACUGGUGGUUAUAUCAUUGAAAAUAUCAGGCAUGGUGGGCCUAUGUUCAAAGCUCUCAAAUCAUUUUGCGAACUAUCGGAAGAAACAGUCAACAAUGCAAUCGAUGAAUUCAACGAAACACAAUUAGUCACUGAAAAUCUUUUGACGCAUGAUAUUUUCACGUCUCGUAUUAAAUCGAGUCUAUCAGAUUUUAAAUCUAUGACACCCAUGCAGUUUCUUGAUCUCCUCAUGCUUAUUAAGGACACAACAUGGGCUAAUCAAUUUAUUACUAUAUUCCGGACAAAUUAUCAACUUAUUGUUCGAAAUGACACGGGUCAUGUCCGACCACAUCCACCUGAAGAAGAACUACGAACUCAACGACGAAUGACACGUGUCUAUUUAUUCAUCGUUAUUUUAGCAAUCGGUAUUAUUACGUGGAUUACUGCACUCACCUAUCAAACAAAGACAAUCUCUAUGAACGAACCGACAUUUGACGUCUACCAAAGUUUAGAACAGUUAGCCGAUUGUCCAUGCGCGAAUGUAUCUAUUCCCUAUCAUACAUUUAUUGGCUUGAAAAUGUCAUUUCAUGAAGUUUGCUCAAGUGAUUUUACCGAUUUGCAUAGUGAUUGGAUGGCAAUGCUCUACUCUUCCUUUUUGCAUGAAAUCAAGUCUGAAGAUAACGUACCUACUUUUCAACGUAUGGCUCUCUCACACUUUCAAGCUUUACAAGCCAUCUGUGAGACAAGCAUGCACAGUGCUAAAACUGAGCUCUCUCUUUUCUUGAAUUCGACUUUCUACUCUACUAGUAUGAUCGGAUCCGAUGUAUUUCAGAAACAAAUAGAUGCUACACUUUUCAAUUUUAAGUCAAAUUCAUUAUCAUCAAACUAUAAUCAUUCACUUGAAUUGAUUCGUAGUAUGUAUUCGAGCAAUGCAUUUAUUUCAGCAUUUGGUACCAAUUGGUCUCCAGUACUUCGAGAGGUGGAGGAAAACGCGAAAAUCUACAUGCAAGCUCAAAAGUACAAUAUGUCAUCGUGUAGCUGCGCAACGUCUACAACAUGCGUAGAAACAAUGAAAUUGAGACUCGAGUCGAGAUCACCAUGGGUAGUGCCGGGAAUGUUAUCUGGUUGUCUGCCAUUAGAUUCGAUGCUUGAAUCUACUUUAGAAUGUUUAUACGAUCAAGCUUGUAUUGAUAUGAUAAGUGAUGCACUUAAUUCCACUAUACGUUAUACUCCACUCAUUGCCGAUCAUACUCGUUUUCAUCCAAUCAGUAUCAUGAAACUUGACAAUAUUACAAAACAAUUUUUCAUUGAGAAGUGGUCGGAAAGUGUUUCUUUUGAGGCAUAUUUCAAUGCUUGUCACACAGAAAAAUGUUCAUAUACAAUUUCCAAACGUUUCAAUAUUGGAUAUAUCUCAUCUACAGUUAUCGCUUUUUAUGGUGGUCUUAGUGUUGGGCUUAAGCUUACUAUUCCUCUUGUCUUCAAAAUUGUUAAAAAGUGUCUCUCAAACCGAAACAGUCGACGAGUGAUCUCUAUCAACACUUCUUAA